AUGCUACAUGUACACCAUAUGCGUUGUUCUGAAUUAUUUUCUAUACAAUUCAAUCAAGCCAGCAUCUCGCAUAGCAUGGCGCAAAAGAGAUCGGCUCGAGAGGCUUGCUCAAAGCCGUCAGUUCCGCUGAGCGCUGCUGCCGCUCUCAAGCAAGCCAGAGAAAAAGCUGCGCAACCCGAAGCAGAGCCGGACUCGCCCUCGCUCGCCACCGCGGUGGCUGCUGCACCCUACGAUAGCGUGAUCGACGGCGAAGAUGCUUCAUCAGACGGCGAAGCGAUGGUUAUCGACGCGCCUUCCAGCCCAGACAGACCACUAUCAACAUGGCGACCAACCAAGCAGAAUGUGCUGCGGAGCGACAAGGAAGGCUAUGAAGUCCGUCUGAAGGCAAAUGACAGUGUCACGCUUGGGGGUGAGUACGAUCUACACGUAUCAAAUGGUCUUGUCACCAUUGCAGGAGCAACGCUACACCCGGCUUCUGGUGUGCAAAGAGUGCACGCGCUCCCCACUCAAGCACUACCUGCUGUGGUAGCGAGGAAAGCGUCUACUGUCAAGUUUAGCUCUGUGCCGUCGAGCGUCGACUGUCUGUCGCAUUAUUCUCCUCUUUAUCGAAAUACUGGCACCAGGGACAGCACAGGAAGGUCGUUCUCGUUUCUGUCCAGCUCGAACGACGAUAUCCUACAACGCCCACUAGCGCCACUUGACAUAGAUAACGACAUUAGGAAUGUCAUCUCACGAAUCGUGGCCAAAGCGACAGGAAACGGUCGAAAUCGAAUAAUGGCAGUGGGAGGCAAAUCUACAGGGAAAUCGACUUUCAACCGUCUGCUUUGCAACACAGUUGUCACCUGGCCAGAGAAGCCGAAUCUUUACUAUCUCGACUUAGACCCAGGACAGCCAGAAUUCGGGCCUCCUGGACAAAUUUCUCUUGUUAAGGUGACGUCUCCAUUGUUGGGACCUCCCUUGACCCACCCAGCAUCGCCACGGUCGCAUAGAUUCCAGCGAAUCAAAUCGCAUAUCAUCGCUGCGACAUCCUUCAAAGACGAUCCAGAGCUCUACGUUAGCUGUGCGAAGGAACUCGCGCGACACAUACCUCCAACAGCUACAGUCAUCGUCAACUCAUGUGGCUGGGUCAACGGCUUGGGCGCCACAGUCCUGCUCGAGUUGACUACUGCGCUCCGCAUCACCGAUACGGUCCUGAUACAACCAAUCGAUUCGGAUCUCGAGGAAGCUAUACGCAGGCAAUCCCAAUCAAUACAUGUCCUGCCGCGCCGCCAAGGCAGACUCACGACGCACAAAUCACCUGCAGAGCACAGAGCGAUGCAGACGAUGGCCUACCUCCACCACAAACACAGCUCUUCGACAGACAGCAUCAAGUGGGUUGACAAGAGCAUCAACAUGAUACGACCAUGGAAGGUCAGCUACGCCCACGAAUCACUUGGCGUCACGGCAGUACUUUCGUAUGGUCAAGCGCCACAUCCAGACUUCCUCGCUGAAGUGUUGGACGGCUCGAUAGUCGCGAUCGUCGUGCUUGACGGGGGGUACACUCUCCAAGACGUACAUCGCACUGUGGAGGAGCAGUUGCCAUACAGUAGCGUCGAAUCUAUUGAUCCAGAAUGGAGUCAUUGCGCUGGCAUAGCGCUCGUGCGUGGUAUCGACACCGAAGAGAAGGAGGUGCAGGUGGUGACACCUCUUAGCGAAACUGAAAUUGCCGGGAUCAUGGACAAGCAAAUUGUUCUGGUGCGAGGCGCUUUUGACUCCCCGGAUUGGGCGUAUACUGAGGAUCUGCAUGCUGCCGGUGAUGCGCCUGAUGACGAGCGGCCGUGGGUGAGACAAGGUGGGCAGGUCGGCAUCGAAGGGGCAAUCUGGAGGCUGCGGCACCCGCCGACUCGUGAUCAGACCAGAUGA